GGUGUCACUCGACUCCGGUCCGACAAUUUGAUCUGAGGGCAGCGCUACCUGAGAAAGUGGUCCAGAAAAACUGAAAAAAAGAAUUUGUGGACGCGAGUCAAUUUGUGAACGAAAGCCACCGGAUAGAUUUCUCUCUGCUGUGAUCUUGCGAAAAAAUAUAUUUAUGUAAACUUUUUCUGGGAGCAUUGGUACUUUCAUAACCUCGUGCUUUCCAUUGCCAAACACGUGUGGCAAGAUGUAUCAAACAAUGGAAAGAUGUAUUACUACUCCAUAAUAAUGAGGUUUUAUCACGAAAUAAUAUAAAGUUAUGGAGCUUAUAACGUUAGAGCUCAGACCACGCUUGCAAUCCUGCAACGUAUUUAUUUCUGUGAAAAAAGACCUCUGCUUAAAAGAUGUCCAAAUCAAACUUCUGGAGAGUAACAUAGUAUUAAUACUCGAGAAUUGUAGUAUGAAUUUCUUAUUGCCAUCUGUAAGAGUUAUACCUACCUCCUUGUCCACAUUGAAUAUAAUAAGCAACUGGAUCUGCUUUCGUCUACAAACUGCACCAUUGGAAUCCACAUUCGGGUCUUUCAGUAGAGAAGUGAUAACAAACUCGAACAGAUCGAUCCGAUCGAGUACUUACUCACAGCCUAUUUUAAACGAUAUCAAAUUACUGUUUGAAACAUCAAAAUGUAUUAUAUUGUGCGCCUGUUGCAAAAAUGUUAUCUCGAAGUCAAUUAGCUUUAAGAGAUUUCUGCCUUUACCCGAUACAGAGUAUGAUCCUGACGAGUGGUUUUGCUGUAAACAUAACUGUAACGCCGUCUCAAAUAAUGUGCAGCCACAGGAAUCUGAUUACUUAUACGGCUCUUGCUUUUCUGUAUUGCAUGAAAAUAUUUUCAGAAACAAUACAUGUAUAGAUAAUAAAACGUUGACCUGCAAUAAAUGUUUGUUGCAUAUAGGAACGUUUCAUGCGUAUAAUUUAUUCAAGAUAUGGAAUUGUUGCGUAGAUUAUAAGCCACAGAAUAACGCAUUGUCUACCGUGAAUGCUACUAAUCCGCUCAGUGAUUUUUUAAUUCUCGUAAAGGAUUCGCUGAGUGAGAUUCUAGGAGAAGAAAUUGUUUUGCAAACAUCUGUUGGCAAACAGACUCAUCGUCUUCUGAUAAAACCAAUGGACUGCAAAUUAAAUUUAAUUACAGAGCCCGAUCACAGAACGGUCUGUGAUACUGAUAUUAUAUCCUUACAACAGAAAUGUGCUGCCAAAGUUUUAUACAAGUAUGAGACAAAUAUAGUUAGUAUUCUUACUAGUUAUUUUAAUGUUAAAUAUCACGAGGUAGGUUUGCCCAUAAUAGAAGCUGGAUUAAAUUAUUUGUUAUCAUCGACAAAACGAUUGCCGCAUAUUUAUAGAACUGCUGUUACAGGCUAUUUUCUCGGUUAUGUCGUUUUACAAGAAAUCAUUAACUAAAUAUCAUAACUUAUUGUCUAACAAUGUUAAUUUUUAUAUUGCAUAUAUUUUGUACACCCAUUUUUAUACAUAAUAAAAAGAAUUGAUUGUCUAUAUUUCUCAUAAA